CUCCACCAUCUAAAAUGACUUCAGUAGAGGUACCAAUAGCAAGCACAUCAAGAGCGACAAUCAUUCAAGAUACAUUUGGCGGUUUCAGAAGCGAGAUAGAUGCAUACAAUGAUCGUCGCGAUCGAUUGAUAAAAGCAUCGCGUGAUAUAACAACUGCUUCAAAACGUUUAAUUUUUCAUCUUCAUCGGUUUCCUCAUGCCGCUUUUGGAAAGGAUAUUCAGCCGAAGAGCGGAGCGGGAAAGAUUCUAGCUGAAGGCAGAGCAAAAAAAGAUGAGAUCGUAUCAAUGAUCAUCGAUCUGGCAAGACGAGAAGGACUAACAACAGAAGAACACGUUGGUGGAGGGAUAGAGAAAGAUGUUUCGAUGGAAGGAACGACAAUUACAGACGUCUUUGAGCCUGGAAGGGCGACACGCUACGAUCGAGCAUACGGAGGAGGACUGGAAGAGUUCAUCGAGGGAAUCUCUUUCUUGCACUUCCUCGAACAUGGCAACGUCAUCACCCUAGAAGAAGUUCAAUCUUUGUUCGUCAAAGAUGGUCAAAUCAUCCUUCCCGUCACGCCUCAACGCUAUGUGCUUGGUUUGUCCGACCUCAGCGGUGAAUUGAUGCGAUUUGCGACCAAUGCUUUGGGUGAUGGUGAUGCACAUGGUGUCGUUUCAGAUGUUUUGCGUAUAUUGCGAAGUCUAUGUACAGGAUUAGACCCAUUCGUUCCUCUUAUCCGCGACUUUCGAAAAAAGCAACAAGUCACAAUGCAAUCUAUGCGAAAAAUUGAAGAUUUAUCCUAUGCUGUCAAAGUGCGAACUUCCGAAUUCGGAUCCGAUCAAAACGCUCUACGAGAGAUGGUCAGAAGAGCUUUGGCAGGCGAUGGUGCAGGCAACAGCGGCGAGAACAACGCAGACGAUUCGUGACGGGAUAAGGUCUUGUCAAUAAUUUAACUUGUAAUUACGUCAAAAGGAAUUUUCAUGACUAAAAGUAUUAUCCACCUCUCGUUAAACAUUAGACUAUAUCCUAG